AUGAUGCAACUCCACAUCCGUGUAGUAGAAGCAAGAGAUAUGCCAAAGGAAGAUGCAUUUGGCAAGUGCGAUCCAUAUGUCGAAAUCCAUGUUGGUUCCACCCUUUACAAGACUCGUGUUUGCAAGAACACCUACAAUCCAGUCUGGAACGAAUCCUACACAAUUCCGCUUCAAUGCGCAGGCACCUCCAUUUAUCUUAAGUUCAUCGACCACGAUAAAGUUACCUCAAACGAUCCAUUUGGCAUGGUAAAUCUUUCCACCAACGCCUUCAUUGUUGGCCAGGUUGUCGACAACUGGUACCCACUUACACCACUUAAGCACCACAAGAACUGUGGCCAGGUCCACCUUGUUAUCCAAGUUGCCCCAGCCGGACAUCCACCGUUCCAGCCAAUGGCUGCACCACCACCAGGCAUGGCUGCUCCAUGCGGCAUGGCACCACCACCACCAGGCCCAAUGGCUUACGCCGCUCCACCACCAGGCCCAAUGGCUUACGCCGCUCCACCACCACCAUCAUAUACAGCUGCUCCACCACCAAUGGGCUACCCACCACAACCAGGUUACCCACCGCAGCCAGGUUAUGUUCCACCACCAGCUGGCUACGCUCCACCACCACCAGCCGGUUAUGCCCCACCACCACCAAUGGGAUACCCACAGCCAGGCUACCCUGCUCCAGCUCCAGGUGGCUACCCAGGCGCUAUGGCUAUGUCUGCUCAUGACCAGUACAAGAUGCAGAAGAAGGCUCUCAAGGCUGCCCAUAAGGCCGCUAAGCAUGGAUACUAUUGA